AUGUCCAACUACAUCCUCAAAGAAGCCACCACACAAACCGAGCCCAACCAAAUCGUAGAUCUAGCAUGGAAGGCAUGGCACGAACCAUACCUCCCCUCCUUCCAACUUUUCCACCCAGUCUUUGGUGCCACGGAGGCAGACGUCGCUGCAGGUUUCCAAGCAGACAAAGAGCGAGCCUGGAGUUCGCACUCAAACAAUCCAGCCAGUCACUGGAUUGUAGUCGUCGAUCCAGCAACAGAUGAGUUCAUGGGGGCCGUACAAUGGCUUAUUUUCACUGGCAGGCAUUCCGGGUUUUGAGGCCACUUGGUGGCCUGAAGGGGAAGGGAGGGAACUUGCUUCACAAAUCAUAAAUCAAACAUAUGCGCCGAGGAUUCAUUGGAUGAAUAGGCCGCACUUGGGUACGCAAGCAUCCCAUCAUCGUUGGACAUGGGACUAAUAUCGAUGCAGCUGUGAAUCAAACUUCAGUUCAUCCCAAUCACAGAUCGAGGGGUAUUGGGACUAGUUUGAUGCAAUGGGGCAUCGACCAAGCAGACAAGCUUGGACUCGAAGUGUUCAUCGAGGCAAGUGAGGCUGGCAAGCCUUUGUAUUAUAAGUUUGGGAUGAUAAAUCUGAUGAAGAUUGAAAUCUGUCCGGAAAAGAAGAAUCCGGUUAUCAAUGGAAGAAGUUCAUGCACGAGUUGCUUCCCAUGA